AUGCUUCUUCCACAUGUGGUAUUUUCUGAUCUCUACCACUCUUACCCAGCCGCCUUUGCAAAGUUCAUGAUGCCUUCUGGAGGUAUUUCGAAACUUAAGGAAUUCUGGCGCCUUCAGAAGGCGGGUCACCCCGCUUGGCGAAACCACCCGAUCGUCAGCAAGAGGUCCUUCGAUGCCGAGCAUACCCUGCCUUUACAGCUACACGGGGACGGCACCCCUGUGGUGGGGAUAGGGAAAAUCUGGAGCAGGCAGCUGACCUCCUACACGUGGAACAGCCUGCUGGCGGAGGGGUGGACAAAGGACAGUAUGAUGCCAUCGUGGUUUUGCUUCGAUGAGACCGAGGCUGGAAGAGAAACGACAGAUGAAUUUUUCCGACUCAUCUGUUGGUCGUUUGCCUGCCUUGCCAGUGGAGUCUGGCCAGCAGCCAACCACUUGGGUGCAAAGUAUCCCGCCGGUACCGUGGAAGCCCGUCGAGCCGGGACGCCGCUGGCGAAUGGACUGCGAGGCAUCAUCUGGAGUUUGAAUGGCGAUGCCGAAUAUUUGGUGCAAAAGCUGCAGUUGCCCCAUUACGGAUCGAAAUCAUCCCCAUGUGCCCUUUGCAGGUGCAGAGGCGACAAUUCCGAUUCGAGCUGGCAUGAUUGCCGAACAAGUGCUCGGUGGCUCACGUUGGGAUGGACAAGGGAAUCAUGGUUGGCAUACCCGGAGCGAUCAUCGAGCGCCAUCUUCUCCAAUGCCACUGGUCUCACCCCAUUGAACGUGCACUACGAUUACAUGCACUGCAAGUAUUUGGGGGCAGACCAGAUCAGCUUCGGGUCGGUCCUUGAUUUGUUGGUGAGUCACCUCAUGGCAGACUCACCACUAACAAAUCUGGGACAAUGCUGGGACAAAAUCGUUACCUCGUACAAGAGACUGGGAAUCUCCGAGAGGGCGGGCCAGAUUGCUGCUUUUGGCGAGCCCCUGUUGGAACUUUGGGAGGAGCACAUGCAUCCUGAUCUUGCUGUGCACUGCAAGAUCAGGACGUACUUGCGACUGAACAUCGCCAUGGAGAAGAUCAUGAAGGAGUGCCGAGCCGAGACUGCUUUCCCGGAGCCCCAGGCGACCAACUUCAUCGAAUAUGCCUUCGCUAUGUGCAAUCUUCAUAUGGAGUUGGGGGCACACUUCGAGGCCGAAGGCCUCAAGCUUUUCAGCCCUUUACCCAAGCUGCAUCUGCUUUUGCACACGGUUUUGCUUUGCCGCCACAUCAACCCGAGACUCACUUGGUGCUACAAAGGCGAGGACCUUCAAAAGGUCAGCAGGAGUUUGGCCGCCAGCUGUGCCCGAGGACUCAGAGGACCGGCGGUGACGGUGAAAAUGGUGAGCAAGCUCAGGGCGGCUUGGAACCUGAGGCUGAGCAAAGGUGUGACUCUACGCACGGCUUUGGCAUAUGCAGCUCGGUUUGUGGAUUGGAGGGGAUUGACCAUCGAUGUCAAGUCUGCUUUUCUGUAUGCUCCUAUUGGGGCUGAGGCAAAGGGCAGGGAAGAAAGGAUUGUGGUGAAACCGCCUUCUUUUCUUACAGAGCUGGGUAUUCUGAAGAGCACCGAUCGGUGGUGGGUUAAGAAGGCUUUGUAUGGGCUUCCUACUUCCCCUAAGGAUUGGGGCAAUUAUAGGGAUCAGGAGUUCCGUAGUUUGCGACUUAGUUGGGAAGGGGGCAGUUGUGGACUGGUGCAGUCUAAAGCCGAUGAAUCCUUGUGGUUUAUCCGAAUGCUGGCUGAUGAUGAAUAUGGAGAAGUGGUGGGGCUGCUGGUUGUCUAUGUUGACGAUUUGGCGGUGUUCUCCAAGGUUGCCAUCUGCGAGGCGUUCAUCCAAGCUGUACAAGAGAAGUGGAAAACGUCCCCUCCGACUUGGUUUGGUGAGGAGCCUAUCACUUUUUGCGGUGUUGAAAUUGUGCUAACUGGGCGUGGUUAUCGGCUGGCUCAAACUUCCUAUUUGAAGGAACUCUUGAUUCGGUACGGGGUCGAGGGCACUGCUACCGUGCCUGUGACCAAGUGGACUGAGCCUGAGCUCCCUGCUCAUGUUGAACUUGAAGAUGUUCGGGCAGCGCAAGGAAUUACAGGUGCACUAUUGUGGAUUGCAACGCGGUCCAGACCAGACGUAUCCUUUGCGGUGUCGAAGAUGGGCCAGAUGGCCACGAAGGCACCAAAGGUCUCCAUCGAGCUGGGGAUGCAAGUCUUGGCGUAUUUAAGUUCGACCUCUCUGCUGGGGAUAGAGUACUUGUUCGACGCGGGUUCAUACUUCUCUGACCAUGGGGGCUUGAGUGUACCGAGAACUGAUCAUGUGUUGGAAAUUUACUCUGAUGCCUCGCACUCCCCAGCAGGGGAUCGCUCCACUCAGUGCGUGAUCAUCAUGUGGCGCGGUUCGCCACUGGUGUGGGAAUCAACGCGCCAACCGUUCACUACUCUUAGUAGUGCAGAGGCAGAGCUGGUUUCGAUGGUUCACAGUGUGACGCUCACUGAAUCUCUCCAACCCUUAGUGGAUGAAAUGGUAGGUGGGGACACGUCUAUGGCACUUCUAGGCGACAACGCCGCAGCGAUCAGAUCCUUCGACCUGGCCGGAAACGGCUGGCGUAAUCGCCACUUAAGGAUGAGGGCGAUCUCAUGCAGAGAGCGCGUGCUUGCUGGACUUCUGCGUGUCUCUCAUUUACAUGGUUCUUACCAGGCCCUCUCGCGAGUUCGUCUGAUGCAAUUACUUGAACUACUGAACAUCCGAGGGCCGCUUGAUGUGCGUGAAAUCGUGAGUACGGCGCGCAUGCUAAGCCGUUUGUCCUUGACGGGAAUUGCUUCUGUCCCCUUGACUGCGGAGGCGUUAGCGGGGCUGGCGCUUAUAGCAGCAUUGCCACGUGCACGGGCUCAACCAGGUGAUUCGGACAUAGGAGGGGUGCAGGGCCCGGGGGAGCAGAUUGCAUCACCGGAGGAGGAUUGUGAGGGUGAUUCGGUUCCUUGCGGGGAGUCUGCCGAGUUAGAAGCGAACGGGGCUGAGGGUUCCGGGCCUAGUGGGGCAAGUGACGACUCGGGAGAUUUUUCGAUUGAGGGAUGGGCCAAAGCUGAAGCCAAACUGCGUGCAGUAGAGGUUGAGACAGGUUUAACGUUCCUGCAACGGGCCAAACUGAGGAAACAAUUGCAUGCGGGAGGAAUAAUCGAGGUUCCGGUGUUUCAGCAGAGAUAUGGUCCACUGCCCUUCUGGUUAACGGGUGACAUUGGAAUGGGUUCGCAAGUAGCCUUGGGCUCUUCGGAUGGUAGUUGCGAGUUGGUUUUGCUUCUGUGUAGAUGGGGAGGGCUGCUGAUGUCGUACUUUGGUUCCCCUGCUGCUGAAUGGGCUUUUCUGCGUGGGUGCUGCCGGAGCUUACAGCGAAACGUAGCACUGCGUUUGUUGAGCGCUCAAGCAAGAGCUGGUGCUACUCAACUUGCUGCUGCCAGUGGGCCGAGGCCUACUGAAACUGAAGGGUCUCCGCAGCUGUUUGGGCUGACAGGGGCGGUAGACAGCGGAGUGCCGACGGGGUCAGUCGCGAUGGAAUCGAGAGGUUCUGAUGGGGAGCUGGAGGUUCCUGAAUCGCCUUCUGUUCUUAGCGAAGAUUCCGAAGAAGCAGUAGAGUCGGUGCAGUUGUACCAAGAAGGUUCCGAAGAAGCAGUAGAGACCGUGCAGUUGUACCAAGAAGGUUCCGAUGAAGCGAUAGGUUCGAUUUCGGGGUCCCUAGGUGGUUUAGCUGUUUCAUUUGCGAGUGGGGUGGCUGAUCAACCUGAGGUUCCCAUUGGGCCUAGUGGCAGUGUUGCUUUGUCUGGGAGCGGGACUUCUGGUUCGGUAGCUAGGGUCCAGAUUGGGGGGAGUUCAAGCAGUCGCGAUGCUUUCCAUUAUGCUGAUGAUCGAUCAGAGGAUGAAGGAGUAGGUAGUGCUCCUAGUCAUGGUAUGAAUGCGGCGGUGCCAGAGCUGUGUUACGAAGACUACGUCGCUCCUGAAGGAGGAAAUGUAGAGUUCCCUCUAGUAGGAACUUGGUUGACGGUUCACUAUGUAGUACAAUUGUUGUCGUAUGAGGGGGUUCGAUUGCUGGAAUUUCUAGGACUUAGGUCUGAGAAUUGCCUAGCGUUGAGGGUUGCCUCGGCCUACUUUAGACAAGCGGUAGCAUCGGCAGCUGCUGACCUGCUGCGACUGGGUCCGCUGGCGGUAGCCUUUCAUGGUCCUCAAUGGGUUUUGACGGUUGAGCAUUAUCUUCUAACCGGGGAGGUUUUAGGUCUUGUCAGGAAUUCUGUCGAAGUGCCUUCCUCUUCAUCUGGACCGGUUUUUCCGUAUGUCUGUUGGGGUUCUCCGAAUGUGGUCCAUUACCUGUGGAGGGUCCUUGCAAGUCAGGGUCACUUGGUUUUGUCCAUGUUGGGAGAAAGAGCACGUGAGCGGGCUUUCGUUAGGGCAACUUCGAGGGAUUUCUUCAGCAACAUGAUCCUUGCGAUUAUCUUGUGGCUGCAAGCCACUGGCACGAGGCGACAGGCCGAUGGGGCCGUGGCGUUUCAAGCUGCAUUUGCCUAUCUCCAGACUGGAGAAAGGGAGUAUCCGUUCCUUGAAAGUGAAGAUGAGACCCUGGAUGACCAUCCCCAUACUGCCCCUAGACCUCAAGAAGUAGUGGUGCAACGGUUUGCAUACGCAAUCGACGAUCUCUCAUCAGAGGAAUUUUCCUCCUCGACAGAGGAACCGUCUAUUGUAGAUGCUUCUACUGAGUCGUCUAGUGCGGAAGUAGUUGAGGCUGAACCGGCGCCAUCAGAUACAGUUCCUACGGAGCUGUUGAGUCUCGGUCAGGGGCUUGUGUAUCAGGCCGCUGAAGGGGCGCUGGAAGUGCAUUAUGUCGAUGAUGUUCUGCGAGUGCCUUUAGAAGGGUGGUCUCUAGAGGAGGUUGCGGUUGUGGUUCAGUGCCUUCAGACCGGGGAUUGGACGGAGUUUUCUGAAGGGCUCUGCGCUGCGAGUGUGGGUCAUGGCAUGCCUGGGUCGAGUAACGAUCCACCUGGACAUGCUCACAUUGCGGGUAGGCUUCUAAGGGGUUUUCGAAGUGGGCUUGAAGGACUUCGAGGGUUUCUUUGGAGCUUGAUCGUGAUGUGGUUCCUUGUGCAAAGUGUCAGGGGAUACGAGAUAGGGGAUUCGUCUUCUGUUGAAGGGGAUUUUCCUCUUGUGUGGUGUGGUAGCGACCCGAGUUCCUGUUCCCCCACUGGACCCCAAGAAGUUGCUCUGCUGAAGGGGUUAGGGUCGAAUAGGUGCGACGGUUCCACUCUAUGGGAGCUAGCUAAGGCAGUUUGUCUGAUAGGGAUCUGGGAAGCUGUACGUUGGAUCGUCUCCAACUGGAGAACUCUCCAACAUGGCCGGGUAGAGGUAGCCUCUCAAACCCAGGAUUUUAAUGUGAUCCAGCUGCCCCUUCCAAAGGGCGUCCCACAUCGGGACCGGAUCCUUUUCUCCCUGUGGAUUGCGGGAUACCAAGUAGAUGCCGAGGCCUGUGAGUACUUUGACAGAGUUCGAAGUGGGUUCCACGGGCUCAUUGGGGAUUACCUCUGUAGGCUUGAGCGUGAAGGGCUUGGGUUUUCAGACGAGGACUCUUCGUCAGAGACUCCGGAGAGCGAGCACAUCGACCGGUAG